GAAUGGGCUUCAAAACCCAUUAGUUGAUAGUCAAAGCUUCAGUUCGAACAACACUAGGUUUUGUUAUUUCACUCUCACCCAAUACUGCUUUCGAUUUUCUGCUACAAUCGUUCUUAUUCAAGGCUUAUAAUACAAAUUCGAAAGUAGUAUUUGAGGAGUUGAAGCUCGGCGACCUCUGAUUUGUUUGAAUUCAUGGAAGACGAUAAGGGGUCCUCCUCCUCCGCCGCACAGGGAAUGACGAUUCUAGAAUGCGCGAAUUAUAUCCAGAAAAGUUUCACAAAUCCAACGGUGAAAUUUCUGAUGGAGAAAUUGGAGGAAUCUGGAUGCGGCAUCGGAAAGAAUUUCAUUAAGGCCGCCCAUUGCGUCGAGGAUUGCUCCGGCGGAUUCACCAGGGGAUCUGGGAUCGUACUGUGCCAUAAUCACUUGCAAUUUCAAGAUCAAGUGGAGCAAGUGAUGAUUCACGAGCUCAUUCACGCCUACGAUGACUGUCGCAGUGCUAAUCUCGACUGGAACAACUGCGCUCAUCAUGCCUGCAGCGAGAUUCGAGCUAAUCAUCUGAGUGGAAACUGCAAGUAUAAAUAUGAGCUUCUCCGUGGUUAUGUAAAGAUGAAGGGUCAUGAGCCUGAAUGUGUGAAGCGAAGAGCGUUGCAGUCGGUUACUGCAAAUCCAAACUGCUCCGAAGUAGCAGCAAAGGAGGCGAUCGGAGCUGUGUGGAGUACUUGUUAUAACGACACAAAACCCUUCGAUAGAGCUCCUUGACAUGAAUGUCCAUUGCUACUCGAAUUGAUGAUUUCUCGCUUCUCCUGGUCGGAAAGUAUAAUGUUUCUCUUGCUUUGAGCAUCAUUGAUGAUGUAGAGUUCAGUUCUUGGUGUACUAUGUGAUCAUAUAAAUCACAUACCAAAGGAUAUGUUAAUUGCCAAAAAUCACAAAUUAUUGACAUUAUUUGUAGCUUCAAGCUUAUGGUAUCAAUUACAUAUGCUAAAAUAAGCUCCAUUAUUAACCA